AUGGCUCUCCCGUUACCAGUUGGCCUCACCGCCGCCGAGGUUGCUUUCCUCUGCGAGAUGGAGCUGGUCACAGUCGUGCCUCGCCAGAGGCUGGACAGCAUGGAUUUGCUGGGACGCGCGCCGACGCGUCACCUCCGCGACGAGCUGAUCUCCCUCUUUGGCUCGCGGUACUCCUCAAGAAGCAGCGACGAGCCAACAUCGUGCCACCCCCUGGCUGCACCCGCAUCCCUCGCCGACAUCAUCCACCACGAGACCAAGAUUGAUCCCGAAGCCUUCUCACCUCCUCCGCCUCCUCCGGUCCGCGCCGACGGCCGGGGCGCCACGAAGCGAGUCGACCCCAUGUCCACAGACCCGGCGAAAGAGCCUGUGCUGUCGCCCCCUUCCUCCCCUCCUGCACAGCUGACGCCCCCGGUCGGCGCUGCCGUAUCACUGGCUAGAGCUCUCCGAGAUACUGUUAGCGCACGCGGGGACGACAUUACCGCCGCUGCCGAGGUACGCACCCUUCUACGGGACCUGAGGGAGAUCAGGGCAGCCAAGAUGCGCGCUAGCACAAGCCAGCUCGAGACGGGCGUUGCGGGGUAA